AUUUCGUGUUUUGUAUCGUAUGGAAACAGUUUCUCAGAAUGUUCUCACUGAAGCUUCUUUUUAUUCUGGGCCUGGCCAUGACAGCGGUUGACUCUCUUCGCAUUCGAGGGAGACCAAAAGAACUCAGUGGCGAUGAGCUGCAGAAGGCCGAGGACACCUUAAACAUAUCUCUUGCUAAAUUGGCUGAAGGCGAUGGCCCAAACUAUCAACUGAUUCAAAUAAUCUCGGCUAGCUAUCAGCUUGUUGCGGGCAGUAAAUAUGUUUAUGUGGCCGAACUCGCCGAUGAGAGCAACUCGAAGGUGUGCAAUGUGGAGAUUUUGUCACGGCCCUGGCUUGAAGACGGCACCCGAGUCACUUUUGAUUGUCCCGACGGUAAAAUUGAGAAACAGCACAGUUCCUAAGCAAUGCCAAAUUGUCGUUCAACCAGAAUUUGUCUGUAUUUAUUUGAUUACUAAUUAAUUCAAUUAUAAUCAUAAUUAUUCAAUACAUUUUAGAAAAGUGUACCAUGAAAUUAAGAAUAAGAAUAAGAAUAAGCGUAUUUCUUGGAAAUAUGCUUUCUGAAUAAUAAGAAGAUAACAAGAAAUGUUAUCAAAGGUGUCUUUAAUUUGAAUAAUUAAAGAUUAACAAAAUGAGAA